AUUGUUACUGAGCGCAUGUGCUGAAUAAUAAUAUAUUUUUCAUUCGAUCGUUAAAUAAAUCAAAUUCAUUAUUUUUCAAACCUUUCAUGUAUACAUAAUGAACACAUCUAGACAUUCAAACCUGUUCCAUUUUUAAACGAAAUAAUUUCUUAUCUGUGUUCGAAAAAAUACGCGCCAAUUAUAGAUUUUUUUUUAUUAUGAAUUUCAUAUCUUUCACAGUUUCGUGUUUGGAGAGUCAUUGUUUUAUUGUUUAUAGUGUUUUGAUUUUGUUUUUUAUCGGUUUCACAGUGUUUCACAAGAAUAGAAUAGAGACACGCCAAAAUAGAAUUGGCGAUAAGAGGAGGGUCGCGCCAAAUAUUUAUAAGGAUGGUAAAGAUCAUGAACACCCAGAUGAUGAAGACGAUCCAGAUUUCCUGAUCCCUGCAAUACCAGAAGACACCCCCCAUAUACCAUACAAACCUAUACGAAGGCCUGUCACAGACAUGAUUCAGAGGUCACGGGAUUUUUAUGAUCUGAUGGCAGCCAGGAGAACUGUGAGGAGUUUCAGCACGGAACCUAUCCCUCAAGUGGUUUUGGAUAAUAUUGUUAGGACUGCUGGCACAUCACCAUCAGGUGCCCACACAGAGCCCUGGACAUUCGUAGUAGUCCAAGAUCCAGAUAUGAAAGCAGCUAUAAGAAGUAUAGUAGAAGAAGAAGAAGAAUUGAAUUACGCUAGAAGAAUGUCCAGACAAUGGGUCACAGAUUUGAAACCAUUUGCUACGAAUGCUAAUAAGCCAUACUUGUGUGAUGCUCCAGCUCUGAUCCUGAUGUUCAGACAGACACACUCAAUACGAGAGGAUGGAAAGAAACGUAUGCAUUAUUACAAUGAGAUUAGUGUUGCGAUUGCAGCUGGGUUUUUAUUGGCAGCUAUACAGUACUGCGGCCUAGUGGCGCUCACGUCAACUCCUCUAAAUUGCAACUCACGUCUCCGAGCCCUAUUAUCUAGACCACCUAACGAGAGGCUGGAACUCCUCUUCCCUGUGGGUAGACCUCAUCCAGAGGCUAGAGUACCGGAUCUACAGAGGAAAUCUUUGCCAGAAAUUAUGGUCAGCGUCUGAUAGUGUCAGAACUUGUCUGGUCAUCAGGGGAACUUUGGAAUGAUUCUGAUGCUUUGGCUUGAGAUUUUUUAGGAUUAGGUUGUAAAACUUGGUGCAAAUGUAAAUGCUUAGUGAAUUGUAAAUCCUAAUCCUAUACACGCUUCCUGAGGGUAACUGUACGGCUGGUUGCAGAGCUUGACCGACCAUCAGUGCGUACGUCAGUCGCGCUUGUCAUAUGUAUGGAAAUCAAGAUGGAAAUUCAUAAAACCGUUCAUAGCUAGACCGACCAUACGCACGCGUAUUGUCAUGCGCAUUAGUGUCAUAGUCAAACAAUUGUUGAUGCGUAUCGUCAGGACCGACGGUUCGCACUGACGGUCGGUCAAGCUCUGCAACCAGCCUAGGUAUGCCUACGCAGGUCAACCGAACCGAACCGUAGGUAGGCUCAAAAAAUGCACAUAUCUGUCCCACAAACGUGUCUACCUGCGCAUGCAUACCUAUAGCUCAACUUUUUAUAACAAGAAUGUAUGUCUAUUUCUUCUUUUAACAUAAGUGUAGUUAGCUAAAACAAAUAGGUACUUAGUAAAUCGCUUUGGAUAAUAUAACCAAAGCAAAAGUUCCAAAGAUGUUAAUAUUGGUGCUCAAUGUGAUAUUUCUUGCUCAAUAAUUAUAAAAUAAACAUAUUUUAUCAUAA